ACAGUUAACCAAACUUUUGACAUCCAGUUUUGAGUGCUUGCGUCUGUGGUGUCAUGGUUUACAUCACUGACUUCCCUCAGGAUUUUAAUUAGCGUCUCCUGGUGGGGUUAAAGAUGACUGGGAUGCAGUUCCUGGCCUGUCUGUGGACUCUGUUCAUCGUGCAAACUGGGUCUGUGCGCAGUAACGUAAAGUUCUUGGAGAGGCAUGAGGGGGAAUCUGUGGUUCUUCCCUGUGUGUACGAUCAGAGCUACCCCUUGCCCUACGGUGUCCACCUGAAGCGCAGCUGGCAGAAGCCGCCUAACGUGCUGUUCAAGGACGACGACUUCGACUUGACUGUGGCGAACGACGAUGACAAAAACCGCAUCAGUGUCAGUGGAAACCUGAACAGCCGCUCUCUGAAUGUGACCAUCUCUCAGCUGAGGGUCAGUGACACUGACCGCUACUACUGUGAGUUUGUCGUGAACGUCCCUUCCGCUGAAGACCAACGGAUACCUGGACAGACUGAAUUCUUCCUCCUUGUUUCUGCCGAUGCCCACGGGUCGGUGGACAUAGGGCUGGUAGAGACAUGUGCCGGGGGCUCAGCCGUGCUCCCCUGUCAUCCCCCAAACGGGGAAGGCUUGGCUGUGGAGGGGGUGAGCUUGAAGCGGCAGAAGAGUCUGGCUCCUGUGGAGAUUUUGUACCACUCGAAGCGUCAAUAUGGCAGCAGCCCUCCUUCCUCCUCCUCCCCCUCCUCUCAGUUCACAUCUGAGAGGGUUCAGCUGUCCUCAGCUCCCGGACCCGGCGGCAUCACCUACAACCUCACCCUGCGGCAGCUGCAGCCAGAAGACAGUGCCCUGUACAGCUGCCAGCUGCUCGUGUCUGGCAGAGCCGAGACCAUCGCCAGUCUAGGGAGACGAGUGUUCUUUGUUUCUGUGCAAGGCCGUCACUGUAGCUGCUUCGACUACUCCACUCUGCUGUACACUGUGUCCGCAGCUGUCGCCGUCCUUCUCGUCUUCGCUCUCAUUGGAUUAGUGAAGUUUUAUAAAGGCAAAAAAAAGAGUGUCAAGUCACAAGGUCACGCUCCCAUCUACGAGGAGAUGUCCGGGCUGCAGCCUCCCAGACGAAAACUGGCCCCUUGCCAUCUGGAGGAAAUGGAGUCUUCCGAGUACAGAAACUGCCCUGUGAAGAAAUCCUGCACUGAAAACCAUUAUGAAAGCCCAAGUGGGGCCCUCAGUCCCCGGAACUUAGGCUCCUCAGCAUCAUGAACUAGACCGACUUACCAACACGGCUUCCUGUGACACACUGGACUCCAAUUGGCUCUCUGAGGUUUCUUAAAACACAUUUUAACAGCUAAGAUUCAAAUUGUUGUUUUUGCCUUAUGCAUAUUAGAUUGUUGCUAGUUCAAAAGAGUGUUUGUGUUUUGGCAUUUGUUUAAGAACCUUUUGUAAAUAUUUGCUGGCAGUGGGGUGGACAGUGUGGUUAAGAUACAGUAUGUCAUCACAAAAAUUUAUGCCAUAAUGUCAAUAAAUCUAUAACAAAAUGCCAAGUUAUGUUUAUAUUCACAGUUUCUCACAAAAAAUGCCUUGUGUGUCCUUUAGGUCCAGCAAACAAACCAACAAACAAGUA